UGCCAGGAAAGCUGUCGGAUGUUGAGCUUGGCGAAGGGUGGGGGCUCAAAAAUAACUGAGCUACGAGGAAAGGAGAGCGAUUCGACGGCUCUUCCGAUUGGGAGGGGGUGCUUCUCUCUCGCCGGUACUCCCGUGCUUUCGCUUUUACGAGUCCAGUGUGUUUCGCCACCCGAGAAACCCGCGUGCCUUGCGUUCUAACGCGAAGGUAGGUGUUCCGUGGUUUGUGUUUGUUCAUCUUGUUUACCCUCUACACGCGUGUCCACCAUCUUCAUCGAGCACCUCGGGGGAUAAUACGCGUUACCAACUUAUCUGAGAACAGACUCGACAGAAUCGCAAAAAUGUCCACGCAGAGGACAAUGUUAGUGAACAAACAGUUCAACUCCCCGAUCAAUCUCUAUUCGCCACAAGCGAUACAGGAAACGUUGGACAGGCAGACUCAAGUUUUGGCUAACGGUGCAGUCGGGAUCGACUUCAAUCAGUUAGCCAAGCCGGCGAACCUACAAAACAGCGCGGUUUUGCGGAUGCUCGAAGAGGAAGAGGCCAGGCAACGAAACGGCCAACCAACUCUUAAACGCGUAGCUUGGCCACCGCCUCCAGAAGAACAAGACUACGAUUUUGUAGAACAGGGACCUGUACAAGCAAAGACCCGUGGAAUCGGUGAUUUCGCCUCGUACCAGAGCAGUCCCUCGUCAGGUUCGUCACCUCAACCACCGUCGACGAUCGCUCGUUCGUCGACACAGAGUGCCGUCCCAUCAUCCCCGUCGCCGGUUAGUCCUGGCGGAACUCUACGACAGCCUUCACACUUCCAUCAACAAUUCGCGCCGAAGGGUUGGGCGCCUGUAACACCCCCUGCGACCUCUCCAAUAUUGCAGCAACCGAUCCAUCCGGUCUCUUGGUCUAGUCAGCAACAGCAAAACCAGCGUCCUCAGCAACAACCACAAGCACUUCAACCGUCACAACAACAAUCACAAAAUCCAACCCCCGUUGCAUUCGAAGCACCACCGUCUACAAUCACACUUCGCCCGGAGCCUCCAAUCUCGCAGGCACCAGCUCCAGUUUAUCAAGCACAACCUGCCGCAACAAAGGCUCCAGUUAGUGGAAACAUGAGAGGAGACCUGAAGUGGCCACCGCCAUCUGCAAAAGCACAAAUAGAAGCAGAAAACAGAGCCAGAAUGGAAUUGGCGAAAGGUCCUGCCGUCAGACCUCGCAGAGUGCACAAGGACUAUAGCGGCUUCUUUGCUCAACAUGCUCUAAACAGCACGUAUCCUGGUUACAGAGCUCCUCCAGGCACUCAAUAUUUCACCCCUUCCUACCAGCAUUAGCAAAUCUUGCUUGAAGAUUAUUUACUUCCUUUAAAAUGUCCUGAGGCUGACUUUUUGUAAUGAAUAUUUAAAUUUCUUUCAUUAAAAGUUAAAUGUACUUGAAAAGUUAAUUAAAAUGUCAAUUGUAAUAAGGAAUAAAAAUAUUUAUGUGGUAAGAACAUAAAAUUUGAAGGAUAUAUAUUUUCUAUAUUAGUGCCAAUAUUUAAAAAUAUUUAAUGGCAUUAUAUAUAAACUUCAAUAGUAAUAAAAAUAAAAAAAACAAGACGGACAAAACUAUACAGGCAUGUUGAUGAAACAUCGGAAUAUUUGACAUAAUUAUUUUACUUACUUGUGAUUUACAAUAUUUCAUUUUUUUGUUUUGAAAAUCUUUUUUACUUUUUUGUCUUCCUACUGCCAAAUAUAUAUUUCACUUAUUACAAUAAUUAAUAGUCCAUUAAUUAACUACAUGUUAGAAAUAUAAUUCAUUUGCACUUUUUAAAUUCAGUAUACUAUAUCUAAAAAAUUUUUAAAUAAUGUACAGCAACUGUUAAAAAGCAGGGUACACGUUUCAACUUAAAUUACUAUUGCAAUUUCCAUACAUUGGCUAUACGAAGAGUUUUCUCUUGUUAGAUAUCAUAUUCAAUGCAAAAUCACCCAGGACUGUUUUCGUUGGAUUUCGAAAUUUGUACAUUGAAAAGAAAGAAGAGAACCAAACAAAUAGCCGUCUAAUAAUAUCUAUAUCUAAAUAUGUUUUAGUUAAGAUUAGGACUUAGGACUGUACACGGAUUACAGGGUAAAUGUUCUUGCUCUUCCAGUUCUUCGUCCAAAAUUAGCUUUAUACUUUCACGAGAUACAUUUUUCAAGGUUCUUAAAACACUUUCUGUUCGAAUUUCGAAUUUCAACAAUAACUUGUAUAUACUGAGACUGAUCAAGUGAUUGCUUUUUAUUGAACGCUAAUCAGUAAUGUAACAUUAAAAACUUUUAUCAUGCCCUUGUAUUUAUUUUAACAACAAACGCUUGUGAAAAAAAAUAAAUUAUCUCGUGGAAGAAUGAUAUAAAGUAGAAAUACGAAUUAUAACGAAAUAUUACGAUUGUACAAAAAUUUUUGAACGAAUAACGAAAAUCGAAUAAAAAUUACGAAAAAUUGUAUCGAAAUGAAUUUUGUAAAACGAUUCGACAACUACAUGUCCAUAAAAUGACUAACAGAACAUUUUUAAUAAUGUAACAUAUUGAUGUGUAUAAAUAAACUAUACUUACAAAUUGGAAA